UAUUCGCUGCUAGCUAAUAAAGGACAAUGGGCGCCGGCAGCGCGAGGCAUGUGGCGGCGGCGGCGGCGCUCCUGGUGCUGGCGGCCAGCGCCACCGUCUGCGCGGCCCAGCAGCUCCGGCGCAACUACUACGCCGGCGUGUGCCCCAACGUGGAGGCCAUCGUCCGCGAUGCCGUCACCAGAAAGUUCCGGCAGACGUUCAUCACCGUCGGCGCCACCGUGCACCUCUUCUUCCACGACUGCUUCGUCGAUGGCUGCGACGCGUCGGUGGUCGUGGCGUCCACGGCCAACAACACGGCGGAGAAGGACCACCCCAUCAACCUGUCCCUGGCCGGUGAUGGCUUCGACACCGUCAUCAGGGCCAAGGCCGCCGUCGACGCCGUACCGCGGUGCCGGAACAGGGUGUCCUGCGCCGACAUCCUGGCCAUGGCCACCAGAGACGUCAUCGCCCUGUAUGUGCGCGCGCGCGUGUGCAUGCAGGCCGGCGGGCCGUCGUACGCGGUGGAGCUGGGGAGGCUGGACGGCCUGAGCUCGACGGCCAGCAGCGUCAACGGCAAGCUGGCGCCCCCGUCCUUCAACCUGGACCAGCUCACCGCGCUCUUCGCCACCAACGGGCUCUCGCAGGCCGACAUGAUAGCCCUCUCCGCGGGCCACACGGUGGGCUUCGCGCACUGCAAUACCUUCUCGGGCCGGAUCCGCGGGCCGACGCUAGACCCGACGUUGAACUCGACCUACGCCUCGCAGCUGCGGGCCUGGUGCCCACCCAACGUGGACCAGCGGCUCGCGGUGUCCAUGGACCCGGUGACGCCGCGGGACUUCGACAAUCAGUUCUUCAAGAACCUGCAGGUCGGCAAGGGGCUGCUCGCUUCCGACCAGGUCCUCUACUCGGACCCGAGGUCCAGGCCUACUGUCGACGUGUGGGCCCAAAGCAGUGUCGCCUUCAAUCAGGCAUUCGUUGCGGCCAUAACUAAGAUGGGCCGGAUUGGGAUCAAGACUAGGGCCCAAGGGAACAUCCGGCGCAACUGUGCAGUGCUCAAUUGACAUGGCUAUAAAGAGGAAACAAAAGAGGAUUGAAUUGAAAGCAUCGGAGAUGACACUAAAUUAUCAUGUACUUGUGUCUCUUCCUUUUACAGUGUUUUUAGAUCUUUCACCAAUAAUCUUAGAUAGACAUCAAUAACAACCAAUAAUCUUAGAUAGACAUCAAUAACAUUCACAGGUUGCUUUGGCCCUUGGAUACGAAGCAACGUCAUCAUGUACUUCCACAUCACACACAACUAAGGAGGUAUGUUGUAAAUACUGAGAACAACUGGCUAAGAGUUGUGCCAGCUGCUCAUGUUCUCAAAAUAAUUCAUUCCGUUCGUGCUUAACGCAAACCUUAUAUCCCUUAUUUUUGCACUAAAAAAAUUCAAAUAUCGUGUCGAUGUUUCUCCACUGAAGACAACAGAUAGUGUGUCUUAGCUCUCAAUCUUACGUACGACCCUCCAAGUACUAGCACAAUAAUUUGGCCUCUUUUGGAUUUGUAAACAAACACAUCAGACAUGGAAUUACAUGCAUAUAUCACACCAACUUAGCGAAAAUUCCUUUCUUCACCUUACUAUCAUAUGAUUGACUCUUACGCUUGUAUCGAGAUACUUUCCACACUAGACAUGAAUGCAAGUCUGAUAAAUAUUUACGAUAGAGAUAUAGUCAUUUGAACAUGAAUGUAUCCUUUCUACAUCUUUCCCUAAUGAACAAAGAAUUUUCUU